UACUCAAACAACUACUGCAGCAGCCAUGUUUGAGUUUUUACCACAGCUCUUGUAAAAACUACUUUGACUUAUUACUAGUCGGUACACGUGUAUUAUUAUAUACAGUCUGUCCGUCGUCGCCUUAGUCCUGUAUCCGCCGGUUGCUUAUUCACGUGAUACAACAACAACAACAAAGUCGAUUUCGUCCGCGUGAGUGUCAUUAAAAAACAAGUUGGGGGAAAUAUAGUCUGAGAGGGGUUGCUGAACCGCGGGGAUAAUAUGAACGACUCCCCAAGGUUAUCUUGGUAAAAUGUAUUCCCGUUGUUUGAUAUAGGCGCCGCUUUUGAAAUCGCUCGAGGGUCCCCCCCUCGGAAUAGUCAAAUAGUUUUUUGUUCUUUUCCCAACGUCAUCACGGCGACGACCGCCUCUAUACUGCUCAUUUGAAAACUUGUCUGUUGUUGUGCUGGUUCACGUUUACCCGACCGCGGGAGAGUGAAAGAAAACAACAUUCGCCACUUGUGUUCCAUUUUCGUUUCGUUUGGGCUGGUGGUCAGUCAAUCAGUCGGGAUGCGUUUACCUGCGUUCGUCGUGUUCGUGAUUUGUUGCUGUGCCGAUUUCAAUGUCGCCCAGGAUGUUUCGUCCCACCCGGACCAACUGACCGGCGGCUAUGCGGCCGGUGCUGAGCCCCGGUGGAAGAGGUCGAUCGUGCAAGAUGAGGCCCAUGCCCGCGAGUACCUGUCCACUCUUGACGUGAAAUCCUCCGACAUGUGUUACAAAUCCAACAUUGCCGAGUGGCAAUACGCCUCGGACAUAACCGACGAGAACCAACGACUUAAAUUGGAGCAGAGUUUGGUGGCCGCUCGUUUCGAGAAAGAUGCCUGGAAGAAUAUCACCAGUUUCAAUUGGGAGCCCUUCACUGACCCCGAUUUGAAACGCAAAUUCAAACUCUUGUCCGUUUUGGGCCCGUCUGCCCUGCCAGAGGCCAAACUCACGCAGUACCGCAAAUCAAUUGACGCCAUGGAGAAGAUUUACAGCACGGCCAAAAUCUGUUCCUUCGCCAAUCCGGGCGAUUGCGGAAUGAAUCUCGACCCGGAAAUUACGGAGAAAAUGAGCAAUAGUCGCAACUUUGACGAGUUGAAACACGUUUGGCAACAGUGGCACGAACAGAGUGGCGGCAAAAUGCGUCAACAUUACGAGAAAUUCGUCCAACUCAGCAACGAAGCCGCUCAGAUGAACAAUUUCAGCGACACGGGAGCUUAUUGGCUGCGUAAUUACGAGUCAGACACCUUCAAGGAAGAUAUCGAGGGCCUGUGGCAGACCAUCAAACCGUUUUACCUUCAACUUCACGCCUACGUCCGAGCCAAACUGCGGGCCCAUUACGGUGAAGACAAGGUGCCCAAGGAUCAGCCCAUACCUGCCCACCUCCUGGGCAACAUGUGGGCCCAAACGUGGGGCAAUAUCGACGACUUGGUCACGCCCUAUCCAGGGAAAACUUCCAUCGAUGUCACUCCUGAAAUGUUGAAGCAAGGCUACACUCCGAAGAAAAUGUUUGAAAUGUCGGAGGAAUUCUUCACCUCGAUGGGUUUGCUGCCGACUCCGCCGGAAUUUUGGAGCGGAUCCAUCAUCGAGAAACUGGCGGGCAAGGAGAUGGUGUGUCACGCUUCUGCUUGGGAUUUUUGCAACGGCAAGGAUUUCAGGAUCAAGCAAUGCACCAAAGUCAACAUGGAGGAUUUUAUUACCGUCCAUCACGAAAUGGGACACAUCCAGUACUUUUUACAGUACAAAAAUCUGCCGCUAGUCUACCGGGAAGGGGCCAAUUCUGGUUUUCACGAAGCUGUAGGCGAUACUCUAGCCCUCUCUGUCCAGACCACCAAACAUCUGAAGGAAAUUGGAUUGUUAGACAAAUCAACGCCGACCGAUGACGAGGCGACCAUCAAUUACCUGUUGUCGACAGCAUUGGAUAAAAUCGCCUUUUUCCCGUUUGCCUACAUCAUGGACAAGUGGCGAUGGGAUGUGUUUGACGGGUCCGUUACAUCGGCCGAUUACAAUUGCCAUUGGUGGAAACUUCGUGAGGAGUACCAAGGCAUCAGAUCGCCAGUUACAAGAUCCGAAGUUGAUUUCGAUCCCGGAGCAAAAUAUCACAUUGCAGCCAACGUUGAAUACAUCCGGUAUUUUGUGAGUUUCGUCAUCCAGUUUCAGUUUUACAAAUCAAUGUGCGUGACAGCCGGACAAUAUGAUCCGCACAAUCCAUCCCAAUCACUUCACGAGUGCGACUUUUACAGGAACAAGGAAGCCGGGGCCAAAUUGGGGGCAAUGUUGGCUAUGGGAUCUUCGCGACCUUGGCCGGAAGCGAUGCGAGCCGUCACUGGACAAGAUCGGAUGGACGCCAACGCCUUCCGUGAAUAUUUCAAGCCCCUGGAGGUGUGGCUGAUUGCCAAGAACAAGGAACUCGGUGAACCUGUCGGAUGGAAUUCAGGUGGACUAAAUUGCCAGAAAAACCCUCCGCCCACUUCAACCACCCAACAUCCGCCGCCCAUGACCCAACCACUCGGUCCUAAAUCUGGCGGCCAAACGGUUUUCUUGCCUCAUUACGCCUGGAUUUUAGUCGUCUUUUAUUCCCUCCUCAAUCUCGUUGUCUAAAAAAGAGUAAAUUUUUCUAUAUUUGUUUUCAUUCUCGAAAAUGAGAGCUGUAGUUACGUCGAUUAGUUUUAUUUUUCUCUUAAGUAUUUUGCAAAGUAAUGGCAAGUUGGCUGUUUUUGUGAUCAUACAACGAAUACAGUCGGUUACAGCGA